CAGAGAGACGAACAUGGCGUAUGCACCCACCCUUCUGGCUCUGCUGUUGACGGCCUCGUCAUAUGUCGACGCCCAGAAUGCAUGCAGCGUCCGCCAUGACACAGCGUGUGUGGCGGCCAUGAGGUCCUUCUACGCCAGCACAUCGGCCUUCUGGUUCGGGACGGAGUUCGCGAUGAACUGCCCACCGGGCACAGGGGGCGUCUUGUGUACAAAUACUAAACCAUCCGGCACCUCCCUUCUCACUCGAAUGUUGGGAAACACCACAACAGACGCCAGCGGUCUCGCCUUCGUCGUCAACGUCACAUACACCAUUGCUCUUCCCCCUGAUGGAUCUGACCGUACGUACCCAGGCUGUGGCAGAAUAGUCGACGUUCCUCUGACAGGACCACAGACUUUCUCCAUCGACACCCUCGACAACACCGCCUAUACCUCUUUCGAUCUCGCCCAGCAGCCGGAAGUGACGUGGCCAGCAGAGGAGAGCGCACUCUACACUGUUAUAUGGUAUGACGCCGGCCCGUGCUUCAUUCAUGGGUUGUACGUCAACGUCGUCGGCGGUAGACUGGACAAUGGAGACACAAUAGAGUCUUACAUCGAGCCUGGAAAUCCCGGGCACCCGAUCAUCCCUUACGUAUGGAUUGUGUUCAAGCAACAGCGACCACUGGACGCUGCCAACGCCAAGAACAUUUAUGAUACACUGUACUCCCGCGGCCAGUGGAGGGUCUACGUGGAGGAUCUUGUGUCGCAGCUGGGUCUGUCGACUCAGACGUAUGGCGUCAACGUGGCUAAGGUCUCUUUGGAUGAGUACACCACUGUCCUCUUCCGGGAUGUUAACAUUUCUAAUAGAUGCCCAGGCUUUUAUGGGCACUGGCUGAGCAGCUACAUCCAGCAAAGAGGUGGUCUCCCAUCACUUCCCGCGCAUCUUAAUCUCAGUGUAUCCGUUGACGUCAGCUUCACGGCCCCCGCUAUAACGUACACAUCGUGUGGCAUAGUGUAUGAAGCAAGCCCUGUUAACAUAACAGUAGAUUAUCGGAGCAGGGAUCUGUUAAGCUCCGUGGAGACUCGGACCUCCCCGCAGGUCAGCCUGGUUCCUGUUGAGAUCAGAGAUCAACCCCCCUCUGUCACCCUUAGAGACAAGCAGUAUACACUGUUGAUGUACGACCCCACCGGUGAGCUGGGACAAACUGACCAGAACGCUUACAUCCACUGGAUGGUCGUCAACAUCCGGGGUACUGACAUCACUUCCGGUGACGUGGUGUAUAGCUGGCUUAUGCCUCUGAGUUCCAGGUUGAAUCAACUGUACUUGUUUGCCUUGUUCGAGCAGAGAGCCACCAUCAGCACAACAACAGAGGGAUCCUUCGGAGGAACAGACUGUCAUCCAUAUUUAGACAGAAGAUGCAAGUUCAGAGCUGGAGACUUCAUCCGCUACAACAAUCUCUCCCUCGUCGGCAUGAGAUACUUAAGGGUGAUCCCCGACACCUACCGCCAGUACGUGGCCUACGUCGUGGCCCAGUUCGAGAGUAUGGACCAAGUCUGUUGGGGACAGGAAAGGGAACGUCCACCAUGUCCUACGAAUUCCGGAAGCAGCGAGACAAAUAUCGGCAUCAUAAUGUCACUUCUUACAGUAUUGGCAACUCGCUUGACCUUCAUCAACUAGCUAGUAAAUAUAACCAACAAAAAACCCCGACUAAAUUACUUAUUAUCAUAUUGUAUGUAACUGAAUACUUUAAUAUAAUGGAAAUCAAUUUAAAUAUAUUGCGUGUUUGAUUAAUCAAUACAAAUACACUUCCACAAGCCAUGUGCACCCAUUCAGUGGAUUAUUUUAUACUAUAUAUUAUACCCUUUGCAAUAUAGGAUCGAAGGUUUUUAUGUCGCUGGAGAUAAUCCUAUAUUGCACUUGUAACUGAAUUUACCGAUUAAAUCAUUUUUACGAAGUAAUUAUACCCAGGU